CCCGGGCUUGCUCGCCUUCUCACCAUGGGUCCCUCUCGGCUUCGCUGCCGGGUUUUUUCGUUCCUCCUUCCAGCCGCCGCCUCACCUCCCUCGCCAUGCCCGGCUCUUCGGUGCCACGGCGCGGUCCGGCCGCUGCAGGGUCUCCGUCGCCCCAAAUCUCGGUCUUCCCUUCGCCGCAGGAGCUGGGCUCGGCGCUGGCCCAGCUGGUAGCGCAGCGGGAAGCUCAAUCGGGGCCGGGUGGGCGCUUCUCCCUGGGCCUGUCAGGGGGAAGCCUAGUGCGGAUCUUGGCUCAGGAGUUGCCCGCGGCCGCUGCCUGCCCUGCCCGGUGGCUCCUGGCUUUCGUGGACGAGCGGCGGGUCCCGCUGAACGACCCCGAGAGCAACUUCGGUGCCUACAAGACAUACCUCCUUUCUAAAAUUGCUAUACCUGAUGACCAAAUAGUUGUUAUCAAUCCUUCGCUACCAGUAGAAGAGGCAGCGGCAGAUUAUGCUGAAAAGCUGAAAAAGGCCUUCCAGGGUGAAGAUAUGCCUGUAUUUGACCUUUUGAUCUUAGGAGUAGGACCAGAUGGACACACCUGCUCUCUUUUUCCAGAUCAUCCCCUACUACAGGAGCGGGAGAAGAUUGUGGCUGCCAUUAGCGAUUCCCCAAAGCCCCCCUCAGAGCGGAUCACACUGACUUUACCUGUGCUGAAUGCAGCGAGGAGUGUGGUGUUCGUUGCCACAGGGGACAACAAGGCUGCAGUGAUAAAGCGUAUUUUGGAAGGCAACGAGGAAAACCCACUGCCGGCUGCCCUCGUCCAGCCACAUACUGGGAAGCUUUACUGGUUCCUGGAUGAGCCAGCUGCAAAGGAGUUGACCAUUCCCUUUGAGAAGCAUUCCAUCUUGUAGGAGCUUCCUGUCUUGCAGCAUUCCGGGUUGGGAGAGGUCCACCAAGUACGGGGUGUGGGUAGAGCCCCACCGUCUAACAUUCCAGGUCACGGUCUCCACGUCUGGUCGUAGCGCUCAGGAGCAGCACUAAACUAACACUGUCUUUUCUUUUCUUUUUCUUUUUUCCUUUACUUCCACCCUCCCCUGAUUUUUUUUUAUUUUUUUUUUACAUUUUAAGAAGUGUAAGUUUGUGGAGCACGGUGUAACAAAUAUGAUUAUUGCUUAACUAGGGCAAAGUGUGACAUGGGAAAUGCUUGGGUCCAGCUACUAGGUAUCAAAGAGAGUUGGUUACAGUCUUUAUCAUGUGAAUGGUCUAAUGUGGUGUAAAAUGGAUGCACAAUUAAAGGUGUAAAUUAAAGUCACUCAGUGCUGGCACAAUG